AUGACAAAAGAGUAUGUCAUUCUUCCUGAACCGAAAAUGAAUUUUAAUAAGCAUAAGUAUAGGUGGAACGGAUUUGGUUAUGUUCCUUCAACCAAUGAGUACAAAGUUGUCUUAAUGUAUAAGGUGCCCAAUUUUGUAGAGGUCAUGAUGUACACUCUUGGCAGUGGUAAUGGUUGGAGAAACAUUGGAAAAUUCCAACUUAAAAUGAAUUAUGUUUUCAAAGGACAUGGUAUCUUUCUGAAUGGUGCUCUUCAUUGGGGGCACUCAACUGGAAGUUUGAUUCUGGUUUUCGAUUUAGCUGAUGAAAUAUUUCGUGAACAUCUUUUGUCACCUCCUCCGCAACCGCGAUCAUGGUUGUUUAAAGAUUUAGGAGUUUCGAAUGGGUUUUUGUUUUGCGCAAGUGCACAUAGAUCUUACAUUCAAUACAAAAGAUGGGAUUGUGAUAUAUGGAUAUAUAAAAAGAAGAAUGACAAUGAGCAGAAUGAACAAUACCCGUCGUUGGGAUGGACAAAAGAGUUUAUACUUUCGGAAGGACAACAACCAUUAGCCUUUACCAAGAGUGGCGGUGUCUUAAUUUAUGGUUCUAACUAUCUCUAA